UUUUUUUGGUUAGCCCUAAACUAUGACUUGCGUUUCCCCUUCAAUCAGGGGUUUAUGUUCUAGGGUUUCUCUCCGUUCAGCACCGCCAUGACUCGAUUUCUCAAAUUAUAGAGUUCCUGUUCCUCUACAUCCGUCUUUGCAAUCAUCCCACGUGACAUCAAGCUCACAACAAUAACAACCUUUACACAGAGAAGAUAGAGACAAAAAAGAGGUAAUGAAAAUGGAAGCCAGAGUUGGCGUGGUUGUCGAGGGAGGUCAGAGAGCGCUUAAUUCCGCUCACGGCAGCGUGGUCGACGCUGGGACGAGAAAGUUUUUGCAGCAGCAGCAAAACCACAAUAAGCCGUCAAUGCACCAGCAGUCCCAGAUAGGGACUGUGCAGCAGCUUCUUGCUGGCGGUAUUGCUGGUGCCUUUAGCAAGACCUGCACGGCUCCUUUGGCUCGCCUCACCAUUCUCUUCCAGGUGCAAGGUAUGCAUUCUGAUGUAUCGACUUUGAGUAAACCUUGCAUAUGGCGUGAGGCUUCGCGUAUUGUUAAUGAGGAGGGAUUUAGAGCAUUUUGGAAAGGCAAUCUAGUCACGAUUGCUCAUCGUCUCCCGUAUUCUUCAGUUAACUUCUAUGCAUAUGAAAACUACAAGAGUUGGCUGCAACAGUUUCUUGGCCUGAAAAAUCUUAAGGGAAGUGCAAGUGCUGACCUUUUUGUGCACUUUGUUGGUGGAGGGUUGGCAGGAAUAACAGCUGCCUCAGCCACAUAUCCAUUGGACCUUGUUAGGACACGCCUUGCAGCACAGAGAAGUACAAUGUACUACACAGGCAUUUCGCAUGCAUUUCGUACUAUUUGUAGAGAAGAAGGGUUUUGGGGCUUGUAUAAAGGACUUGGAGCAACACUAUUGGGUGUUGGGCCAAGUUUAGCCAUUAGCUUUUCUGUGUACGAGUCUCUCAGAUCUUUCUGGCAGUCUCGAAGGCCCAACGAUUCCACUGUCAUCGUGAGUCUCGCCUGUGGUAGUCUAUCAGGGAUUGCAUCAUCCACAGCAACAUUUCCUCUGGAUCUUGUAAGAAGAAGAAUGCAGUUGGAAGGGGCAGGGGGCCGAGCCCGUGUCUAUACUACUGGUUUAUUUGGGACAUUUAGGCACAUAAUCAAGUCAGAAGGCUUGCGAGGCUUGUAUAGAGGCAUUCUACCUGAAUACUACAAGGUAGUACCUGGUGUUGGCAUUGUCUUCAUGACUUAUGAGACAUUGAAGAUGCUUUUGUCUCCUGUACGUAGCAGUUGAUGGCUGCAUUUCUAUUCUCGUGUUCUACCAUUAAAGGUGUUCCCGGAGGUUAGUUGGUAAUUCAGGCUCAUGAUGCUAUUAUGGAGAUCAAAAAUACUAGAACCAUGUUAGGAAAAGAUGUAUCUUAGAUAGAAGCAAUGUGUUUUUUUUUUUGGGUUGAAAAUGUUACAUGGUAGUAAAUUUUGUAGUUGCUGCCAUGAGAUUUUUUAAUAUAUAGGUAGUGAAUUAACAUGUAGUAGGGUAUCAAUUUCAUGUAUUCUAGGUCAUUGCCUGUCAAGAACAUUUUGGGUUUUUCGAUGAUCAGUUCACCAUCAUAACAGUUUUGUCAUGAAUCUUAUUUAUUAUUGGCCUCUACAGGAGGUGUUCCAUCCCUUGUAUUCUUAA